CCCGGUGCCGGUCCCUCAGCCCCGGCCUUUGUGCCAUGUCAGCCGGGCCGCGUUGACGUUUCGCUUUUGUUCGAAUUCCUCGGUACCUCUUGUAACAGUCAGAGAAACACUCUUCACUCAUCCCCCGUUUGGUGUCCGCAUUUCUAUAGAAGAUCUCAGAAUGAUCAGAUUUCUUCCAACUGCUUUGGGGAAUGGAAGGAGAGAGCUUUUCUGUGGGUCUGGAAGCUGGCAGCGGGAUUGCAUUUUUGGGAGUUGCUGUUUAACCAUGUUUGCCAGUCUGGAAUUACCUGAAGACCUGUUUCACACCACAAAAUACUAAAGUUGUGGAAUUUGUUUUGAUCAACUGGAAUACGUCUCAAGUCACGUGCAGCAGGAUUCUGCCAGGAAACACUUCUCGUCGUUCCUGUGGAGGAACAGUUUGGAUGCUGCCAUGGCCACCAUUUUCAACCUCGCUCAGUUUGUCUCAGAGAGCCCAGCAUGGGGUCACCUGCAUCAUGUUGACAUCUGACGGACUCCCAUUGUUGGAACAAUGGUUUUGGAUGAUCUGCCUAACUUAAAAAAUACAUAUGCCUCCUUGUACUCCUCAGCUAUGGAAGACUUAGAGGUGGAUUUUGAUUCAGGACUGGAGGAAGAUGAAUUGAAACAGGAGGCUACUCCUGGGGAUUCCACGAUCUUUGUAGCUUUCAAAGGAAAUAUAGGUGACAGAGACUUUGAGCAGAAGCUGGAUACCAUUCUGGAGAAUGUGCCUGGCCUUUUACACAUGGAAUCCAACAAGUUAAAAGUGCAAAAAAUAGAGCCUUGGAACAGCGUCCGUGUCACCUUCAAUAUUCCCCGGGAAGCUGCCGAGCGGCUGCGAAUCCUGGCUCAGAAUAACAACCAACAGCUUCGAGACCUGGGCAUUCUCUCAGUUCAGAUUGAAGGGGAAGGUGCCAUCAACUUGGCUCUGUCUCAGGGCAGAAGCCAGGAUGUCCGGAUCAACGGGCCGCUGGGAGCGAGCAGCGCCGUGCGGAUGGAAACGGGCUUUGCCAUGCAAGGGGGGCAAGGUUUAAUAAGAAUGAGCAAUGCUACAGCUGUCAUGAUGUCCCAGACUGGAAAUGUGCCCUCCUCUAUGGUGGCAGGUGGUGCUAGUGCUGAGCUGCAGCCACGAACACCUCGGCCUUCCUCACAGCCAGAUGCAAUGGACCCUCUCUUAUCUGGGCUAAAUAUCCAGCAGCAAAAUCAUCCAUCAGGAUCUUUAGCUCCCCAGCUCCAUUCAAUGCAGUCAGUUCCUGUAAACAGGCAGAUGAAUUCAGCCAACUUUCAGCAGCUACAGCAGCAGCAGUUGCAGAAUCGUCCUCCCCAGCCACAUCAGCAGCCACAGCAGGGUAUUCGACCUUCAUUCACUUCACCAGCACAGGUUCCAGUUCCCCCUGGCUGGAACCAGCUUCCUUCUGGAACACUUCAGCCUCCUCCAACCCAGGGAGCAUUGGGUACAUUGGCAGUAAACCAGGGUUGGAAAAAGGCCCCGUUGCCUGGACAAAUGCAGCAGCAACUUCAAGCAAGACCAUCUCUAGCAACAGUACAAACUCCUACUCAUCCUCCACCUCCAUAUCCUUUUGGAAGCCAGCAAGCUUCCCAGGCUCACUCAAACUUUCCCCAAAUGAGCAAUCCUGGCCAGUUUACUGCUCCUCAAAUGAAAAGCCUUCAGGGAGGGCCCUCGCGGGUUCCCACACCACUACAGCAACCCCACCUGACCAACAAGUCUCCUGCUUCCUCCCCCUCCUCCUUCCAGCAGGGAUCUCCUGCCUCAUCUCCAACUGUUAACCAGACGCAGCAGCAGCUGGGACCAAGGCCUCCCCAGAGUAGCUCACUUCCCCAGGGAUUCCAGCAGCCUGUCACUUCUCCUAGUCGUAAUCCUAUGGUGCAACAGGGGAAUGUACCCCCCAACUUCAUGGUGAUGCAGCAGCAAAACCAAGGUCCACAAGGUUUACACCCUGGUUUAGGAGGAAUGCCCAAGCGUCUCCCGCCAGGGUUCCCUGCAGGCCAGGCUAACCAGAACUUCCUGCAAGGGCAGGUGCCUUCCACAGCGCCAGGAACAGCAGGGAACAGUGGAGCACCGCAGCUGCAAACCAGCCAGAACGUGCAGCACGCAGGUGGCCAAGGAUCUGGACCUCCUCAAACUCAGAUGCAAGCAGCACAUGGCCCACCAAAUAUGAUGCAGACCAAUCUCAUGGGACUUCACGGAAAUAUGAACAACCAGCAGGCUGGUGCUACUGGGGUGCCACAGGUUAACAUGGGCAACAUGCAGGGACAGCCUCAGCAAGGACCACAGUCCCAGCUUAUGGGGAUGCAUCAGCAAAUUGUGUCCUCUCAAGGACAGAUGGUGAACAUUCAUGCUCAGGGAUCACUGAACCCUCAAAACCAGAUGCUACUUUCGCGAACUCAGCUCAUGCCGCAAGGCCAAAUGAUGGUGACGCCACAAAACCAAAAUCUUGGUCCCUCUCCCCAAAGGAUGACCCCACCUAAACAGAUGAUUCCUCAGCAGGGACAGCAGAUGAUGUCCACACACAAUCAGAUGAUGGGACCUCAGGGCCAGGUCUUGCUACAGCAAAACUCGAUGAUGGAGCAGAUGAUGAGCACUCAGAUGCAAGGAAAUAAACAGCCUUUUAAUACUCAGAACCAGUCCAAUGUUAUGACGGGGCCAGCUCAACUGAUGAGAGGACCAACGCCAAACAUGCAAGGAAACAUGGUGCAGUUCACUGGGCAGAUGAUGGCACAGCAAGGCCCCGUGAAUGGGAAUCCUUCUCAGGUGAUGGGAAUUCAAGGACAAGUUUUAAGACCCACUGGACCUGGUCCUCACAUAUCUCAGCAGCUCGGGGACACUACUCCUACAACAAACAACGAUGUGAACUUGACACAGAUGUUACCUGAGGUUCCUGUGCAGCAGCCAAACAUGGUGCCUUCUCAUAUGCAGGGAAUGCAAGGAAACAGUGCUUCGGGGAGUCAUUUCUCUGGCCACGGGCUGCCUUUCAACCCAGGGUUUAGUGGAACACCAAAUGGGAAUCAGGUUUCCUGUGGGCAGAAUCCUGUGUUUCCUGUCAAUAAAGAUGUGACUCUCACAAGUCCACUCUUGGUUAACCUUCUCCAAAGUGAUAUAUCAGCAGGACACUUUGGUGUGAACAACAAACAAAAUAAUCAGAAUCCCAACAAGCCAAAGAAGAAGAAGCCUCCAAGGAAGAAGAAAAAUAAUCAACAGCUAGAACAAACAACUUCUUCAGAACCACGUCCAGCUGGCCUGGAGGAGAGUGAUCAGUCUUCGAUGUCUGGAGACCAAGGAAUGAAUUUAGAUAAAUCAGGCCCUAAACUCUCAGAUUUUGCAAGUAGGCCGCCAGGUUAUCCAUCUCAGCCCGGGGAGCAAAGGCCGCUUCAGCAGAUGCCACCUCAGCUCAUGCCUCACACACAGCAGGCCCAGCCCCAGCCCCAGCAGCAACCCCAGCCAACAGCACAGCCGGCCCAGGCACCCCCACAGACACCGCAGCAGCAGCAGCAGAUGAUGAUGAUGCUGAUGAUGCAGCAGGAUCCCAAAUCAGUCCGGCUGCCUGGACCACAGGGAGUUCACCCACCCAGAGGGCCCUUGAACCCAGAUGCUCAGCGAAUGCCGAUGCAGCAGAGUGGGAACAUGCCAGUAAUGGUGAACCUUCAGGGGUCUGGAUCAGUGCCUCCAUCUCCUGAUAAGCAAAGAAUUGCCUUGUCGGGAAAUCCUCCUCUGGGAAAUAAUGCAAGAAAAAUGGUUUAUCCGGAUAAUGUACAGAAUCCCUCCAGCUCACCCCUCAGAGAGGUUUCAUCAGUAUCCUCGCUUCCAGAAGGAGGUGGGGCCGAGGCCCCCCCAACGUCAGGAGCUCAGAAUAAUUUGACAUCUCAUUUAGUAGUUUCACAGAACCAAUUAAUGAUGACAGGACCCAAGCCUGGACCAUCCCCACUUUCAGCUGCCCAAGGUGCAAGUCCCCAGCAGCAGUCUAGUUCUCUGCCUAGUGCUCUCACACACCAUUUUCCAAAUGUUGCUGCCCCAUCACAAACUUCAAGGCCUAAAACCCCAAACAGAGCAAGCCCAAGGCCAUACUAUCCUCAGACUCCUAAUAACCGUCCCCCCAGCACAGAACCCUCAGAAAUAAGCUUGUCUCCAGAGAGGCUCAAUGCUUCUAUAGCUGGCCUGUUCCCUCCCCAGAUCAAUAUUCCUUUACCUCCCAGGCCUAAUCUCAAUAGAGGAUUUGAUCAGCAGGGUCUGAAUCCCACUACUUUAAAGGCCAUUGGACAGGCCCCAUCAAAUCUCACAAUUAACAAUCAGUCUAAUUUUACUGCCUCACAGUCACACAAAUUGGAAGGUGUGGUCAUUAAUUCAGGCAAACAAACCAACACUGGAGGAACAAAGAGAGCAAGUCCAAGCAAUAGUCGAAGGUCCAGUCCUGGAUCCAGUAGGAAAACUACGCCAAGCCCUGGCAGACAGAAUUCAAAAGCAGCUAAAUUAUCAUUGACAACUCAACAGAACCCACCUCUCUUGCAGAACAUGGAAUUACAGAGAAAUAUGAUGGCUGGUCCCUCUUCUUUGUCAACACCUGUGACUACAAGUUUCCAAAAUAAUCCCAUGCAGAGUAACCAGAGUCCUGCAAUUUCUGUACCUGCUGUGACUGGCAUUCCUGAAGACAAUAAAGAGACCCUUAGUGUGCCUCAAGAUACCGAGAGCCAAAGUGCACAAGGUGUCCAAGGCAACAAAGACCAGCCCAGUAUUGAACUCAAAGCUACCCCUACUCCAGAAAUGAAAGUGUUGAUUCCAGAAGAACAGUCAAAAAAAGAUGGGCAAGGCUUAGACACUAGCAAGCUUCCAGUCAUGGAGGAAGGUAAACCCAUGGUAUCUCCAGCUAUGAGGGAGGCCCCAACUUCUUUAAGUCAACUUCUUGACAAUUCUGGAGCUCCUAAUGUAACCAUUAAGCCCCCUGGGCUGACUGGUCUUGAAAUGGCACCGAUAGUCACCACUGGUGAGGAGCUAAAGAAGAUAGCUGUCCUUCCACCAUUGCAGGAUUCAUCCUUGAGCAAGGAACCCUCCAAUUCACUUAACAUGCCUCAAAAUAAUGAGCCCUGUCCAAAUCCAGGGCUCCAGGAACUGGGAGAAGUAAACUCAAGCAUGGCACAGAGUGUUCCACCAGUAAUGCAGAGGCCUGUCAGCUCUUCUUCUAUUUCAGGUCCUUUAGCCCCCAACCAGAUAACAGUUUUUGUGACUUCCAACCCUAUUACAUCUGCUGCUAAUACAUCAGCUCCAUUGCCAUCUCACUUGCAACCUGCAUUAGUGUCCACUGUUGUCACAAUGCCCAACGUGGGGAGCAAAGGGAUGGUUUCAGAGGGACAGUCAGCGGUUCAGUCCAAUGCCCGGCCGCAGUUCAUUACACCUGUUUUUAUAAACUCAUCCUCAAUAAUUCAGGUCAUGAAGGGUUCUCAGUCCAGCACAAUUCCAGCAGCCCCCAUGACUUCUAACUCCAGCCUGAUGCCCCAGUCGGUCGCAGUUGUUGGUCCCCUGCAUAUCCCACAGAGUAUCAAGUUCUCCUCGGGGCCCACUCCUCCCAGCACAUCAUCCAGCAGUCCUGUGUCCAGUAUUCCCACCAGCAGGUCACUGGUUCUGAACCCCUUGGCAUCUCCUGUUCAGCUGCCAUCUUCUGCUACAGCUUCUUCCAGUGUUGCUUCACACCUUCCUGCUCAGCAAGUCAAGGACUUCAGUCCGGAGGAGACUUCCCAAGGUGGUGGGUCGGGUGACCAGAGCUCUGUGCCAGCAGCUCAGUCAGGCCCUGUUGUUUCACCUCUGCUUACGAGCAGCCCGGGGUCUGGGAACAGACGCAGCCCUGUUUCAUCGACCAAGGGAAAGGGAAAAGUAGACAAGAUUGGCCAACUCUUGCUCACUAAAGCAUGCAAGAAAGUCACUGGCUCCCUGGAGAAAGGGGAAGAGCAGUACGCUUUGGACGGAGAAGCAGAAGGUCAGGGACUGGAAACAUCAGUUCCAAAUAGUUCAGGAACAGAGCAACCACCAGCAGAACUAGAAAACAAAACUGUGACCCCUCCAGCACCCAGUCUUACAAAACAGAGCACUUCUGGGUCAGGCAGCUCGAGCCUCAGCCCCACGGCUCCUGCUCCUGCCUCCACGUCCCCGAGCCCACCCACGAGCACUCCUGCCCCCGCUGCGCUCCCGGCUGGAGCCCCCCCGGCAGCCCCGGAGCCCCCCGGCCCCAGCAGCGCCCAGGGCGGGGCCCCGGCCGAGCCCCCCGGGGGUGCCGGGGCGGAGGAGAAGGCAGGAGCACCCCCGGAGCUGCUGCAGAGCGCAGCAUCCUCUCAACAUUUAACACAGAAAAAAAGUUCAAUUGCAACAUCAGAAAGUACUGUUCAAAGAACAGAACUUGAGACAAAUGCUGCAGUAGUUGCUGGUCAAAGUAAUGAGACAAAAGAGAAUUGUGAAAAGUCUAAAACUCCAAAUAGAAGAAAUUCAAGAACAGAGGAUUCUGCCGCUUCACAGGACACUGUAGAGAACGGGCAGCGCAAGAGAUCCUCCCGACCUGCCUCUGCGUCCGGCACGGCAAAAGGUAACGUGCACAGCAUCCUUUCUGUGGACAGGGCAGGACUGGCCUGCUUCCCCAGAUAAUGCCCUUGCAGUAGCUGCCUCCUAAUGCUGGUUUGCAGCUUGUUGGGUGCUUUAUCUCUAGUUUUGAGGAUUUAGCCACGGGUUGGUGUUGAAGCAUUUACUGACAUCUGCACUUGCAGUAAAUCCUGUAUGAAUUGCCCUCUGUUAUACUUGUGGAACUUGCUCUGCAACACUCACCACCAUAGUGCUCAGCACCUUGCCUAGUUGAAGUUGAAUUCUCUUGGCAGAAAUGUGUUGAAAGGACUGUACUCAGAUAAAAAAGUGACAUUUUCUUUUUCCUGAAGCCCGAAAGACACAAGACUUAAGUCUUCCCAAGUGCACGGUCAGCUCUUGCCAAAUCAAAUGCUGAGGUUCGGGCACGCUCUGAAAGCUGCCAGGAUGGCAGCCUGGAGCAUCAGGGAGUGCUGUGCACUAGCACAGAGCCUCAGCUCCUCUUUCCAAGAACACCUGAAAUCCUGAAGUUAACCCCUGGCAUUAGCAGGUGCUGACAUACCAUAUUCCUACCCAGGUCACAGUCUUUAACAAUUAUGCAGCAUUUGUGUGAUACACAUGGCCCAGUGCCAAGCUGAAGCUAAUUCUGUCAGAAUCUUGUGUUUAAAGGGUCAGAAAAAUGCUGUUGGAUCAAAGUUAUGCAAGAGGGUAGAGAGAGACCAUCAGGAGGCAACACUCUACCAAUAUUUUAAAGAUAAUAUACAGAACAAAGAGGUAUUAAUAUAAAAUGAUUAUAAAAGGAAGUCAAGUUGAAUUCAGCAACCAUUUCCAUGCUGGAGAUGCUAAAGUGU